GAGGCCGGCAGGCCGGCCGGCGGGGGCCACCGAGGAGAGCGGAGCGAACCAGGGGUCCGGCCGGCCGGGGGGAGGCUGCCCGCCGGGCCCGGACACCUGCUCCGCGCCCACACCGCCCACCAUGAAAGUCACCGUCUGCUUCGGGAGGACGGGCAUCGUGGUGCCCUGCAAGGAGGGCCGCCUCCGCGUCCGGGAGCUCACCCAGCAGGCUCUCCAGCGCUACCUUCGCACCAGGGACACGGAUCCCGAUUACUGGGUGAAGAUUCAUCACCUGGAAUACACAGAUGGGGGAAUUUUGGACCCAGAUGAUGUCUUAGCAGAUGUUGCUGAAGACAAAGAUAAGCUGAUUGCAGUGUUUGAUGAACAAGAACCAAUGCAUAAAAUUGACAACUCUGGAGGAAAUCUGUCAGAUCGACCCAGCCCAGACGCUUUGGAGACAGAAGUGGCUACCCAGCUCGCUGCCUUUCAACCAAUUGGGGGAGAAAUCGAAGUCACACCUUCUGCUCUGAAAUUAGGCACGCCACUGUUAGUGAGGAGGAGCAGUGACCCAGUACCAUGCCCACCUGCUGACUCUCUACCUGCUGCACACCUCAACGACUCCAACGGGAAACCCCUCGUACCAAGUUCAGCGCAGAAUCUUGACGAUGAGGAAGUUGUAUUCGCUGGGCAGACAGAAGUAGUGAUAUCACCGAAAAGCAAAUAUACAUUCAGUGAUUUGACAAGAACAGUGGAGAUUUCUGGGGAAGGAGGCCCCCUGGGGAUACAUGUAGUGCCCUUCUUUUCAUCUCUGAGUGGAAGAAUUCUUGGACUCUUCAUCCGUGGCAUUGGAAACAGCAGGUCUAAACGGGAUGGGCUCUUAUAUGAAACGAAUGUAUUUAAAAUCAACAAUGUUGAAUUGGUAGACAAACCUUUGCACAGUAAGGCUCAAGAUGUCUUCCGGCGAGCCAUGAAAGCCCCAAAUGUGCUUCUGCAAGUGCUUCCAUCACAAAACCGGGACCAGUAUGAAAAAUCUGUCAUCGCUCCCCUUUGCAUAUUCGUUAACGAUAACGGCAUUUCAAAAACCGUGAUGUCGCCUCCGGUCCAGCCGGCGGGGAGGAUGGCAGAUCUGAAUGGAACGAGCAACAUGGAGACUGCCGCCUCAUCGUCCCUGCAGCAAUCCAAGAGCCCUAGAGUCCCAAGAGUGGGGAGAAAGCCACCUUCCCCAUCACUUUCUCCUCUGAUGGGGCUUAGAAGCAGGAAAAAUGCAAAGAAAAUUAAGAUCGACCUCAAGAAAGGUCCCGAGGGGCUUGGUUUCACUGUGGUUACAAGAGAAUCCUCAGUACAUGGCCCUGGCCCCAUUUUUGUGAAAAACAUUUUACCUAAAGGAGCAGCAAUAAAAGAUGGACGCCUGCAAUCAGGGGAUAGGAUAUUGGAGGUGAAUGGCAGAGAUAUCAUGGGGAGGACUCAGGAAGAGCUAGUGGCCAUGUUGAGGAGCACCAAGCAAGGGGAGAUCGUCUCUCUGGUUAUUGCCCGACAAGAAGAAUCCUUUCUGCCUCGAGAACUGAAAGGAGAGCCUGACUGCUGGGCUCUUUCUCUGGAGGCAACCGAACAGCUGACCUUUGAGGUCCCUCUGAAUGACUCAGGUUCCGCUGGGCUCGGCGUGAGCUUGAAAGGGAACAAAUCCCGAGAGACAGGGGCCGACUUGGGAAUCUUCAUCAAAUCCAUCAUCCACGGAGGUGCUGCUUUUAAGGAUGGCCGACUGAGAACGAAUGACCAACUGAUCGCAGUGAAUAGCGAAUCUCUUUUGGGAAAGUCCAAUCAUGAAGCCAUGGAGACACUUCGGCGAUCCAUGUCCAUGGAGGGUAACAUCCGUGGGAUGAUCCAGUUAGUGGUUCUCCGAAGGAUGGAGAGACAGAUAGAGGAAUACCCUGAGCUCAGAACAUUUCAGAAAGCAGCUGGUGAGAACUGCCAGAACUUUGCAACUACCUCCAGGCACAGUGAUGUUACCCCGCAAACGGUCGUCGCUUACAGUCCUCAAGACAAACAGAAAGGGAUGCUGCUUUCCAACGAGGACUGGACUGAGACUGAACUUCCACCAGCUCUGCCACCACACCCUAACCUGGAAUUAGUCUUCGCCGACCGUAACCCCAGUUCGGUGGUGGAUCCGACGGUAUACUUUACAGAUCAGCACAUAAACUUCAGAUCUCUGGCACCAGCCAAGCAACCCGAAUCAAUUAAUCUGAAAGCCUCAAAGAGCAUGGAUCUUGUACCAGAUGAAAGCAAAAUCCUCUCAUUGGUUGGGCACAGAUCAGAGUCUCCUGGCAAAGACUUUGGGCCUACCCUGGGUCUAAAAAAGUCCAGCUCAUUGGAGAGCUUGCAGACUGCAGUGGCAGAGGUCAGAAAGAACGAACUUCCUUUUCACAGACCCAGGCCUCACAUGGUGCGUGGCCGGGGCUGUAACGAGAGCUUCAGAGCAGCCAUUGACAAAUCCUACGAUGGACCAGAAGACCUAGAAGAUGCUCUUUCUGAUAAGAGUUCUCACUCUGGUCAAGAAACCCUGAAUUGUUCAUCAGUCCCUCAGGGGAACACUGAGCUAGAGGCCAAGGCCAAGAAAAACAAAAAAUACAAAGAAAAGGAGAAGAAAAAGGAAAAGAGCAAGUCAAAAGUGAAAGAGAAGAAACGGAAAGAAGAAAAUGAAGACCCUGAGAAGAAAGCCAAGAAGAAGGGUUUUGGGGCCAUGCUGAGAUUUGGAAAGAAGAAAGAGGAUAAAGGUGGAAAGGCUGAACAGAAAGGUGGUCCCAAGCAUGGAAGUCUGAGAGAAGACGAACUGGAAAAGAUGAAGGAAGAACGUGAAAGGAUUGGAGUAAAGCAUCAAGAGCUGAGGGAAAAACAGGCAAGAGGACUCCUGGAUUAUUCCAGUGGCCCGGGAGAGCAUGAUAUGGAUGACGAUGAAAUGGACCCCAAUUAUGCCCGAGUGAACCAUUUCCGGGAAACGUAUGCGCCAGACAGGAUCUACAGGCCUUCGUCACCCCCUGUGGCAGGGCCCCUGGUCUACCCUCGGGCUGGCGCUCCAGUGUCACCAGACAGGGAUCAUUUGGAGGGACUCUACGCCAAGAUCAACAAACCGUACCAACCCCAGAUUCCCACAGAAAGUAGCCGAUCAACAAGUGGAAGUGCUGAUCGCAUACAGAAACUACGAAAAGAGUAUCAUCAGGCCAGACGAGACGGGUUCCCUCUGUACGAAGAUGACGAAGGAAGAGCAAGACCUUCUGAUUAUGAACAGCACUGGGUGCCUGGAAAAGGCCCAGAUGGGAGUUCAUGCAACCUCCGAUUUGAGGGAAUGGAAAGACAGUAUGCAUCCUUACCCAGGCGUGGACCGGCGGAACCGGCGGAAUACCUGACGGGACCUCGACUGAUCUAUCCUGAGCGGGAGCUUCCUUACUACCCUGGAGUGCCGCCCCUGGCUCCCUCCCCGAAAGGAAGCUAUCCCCGCACCCAAGACAUGUGGGGCCCAGAUCUGAGGUACCCCCAGUAUUACCCUCCGCCUUCAGCCCCCCAGCACAAAGGACCUUUCCGCCAAGACGUCCCGCCUUCACCACCUCAGUGCCACAAAGUGCCCGCCUAUCAUGAGAUGGGCAGAACGCUGUACCGCGGGGUCAGCCCAGAUCAGUACCACUCUGGGACCCAGGAUCCCCGGCAGAAGAAUCCCAUGACUGCGGCUGUCUAGCGGGAAACCUCCACCCAGGCUGGGAAAGAAGAUGUCUCAUUAUGGCUUUUUCCUUCCGGCCUACCAGAAGCUGCUGAUGUGGAAGACUAAUUCCCCGAACUAGAACUGUCUUUACAGAUCCAGGUGCCGAUUCCUUUCAGUGGGGUAAACUAGGAAGACCAGAUCACAGGAGGGCUAACCGGUACACGGACGAGUGGUGUUGCACAAAAAUGCUUUUGAAACAGUUAAACUCAAGAGUUAAAGCGGUAGCCGAAAAGCAAGUAAAAUGGUUAGCUAUAUACUAAUGGUA